CGACGUCAGGAAUUUCAUAGCAAAGAAUCCAUUAAUAUUACACCCUCGGCCAGCCCACAUGGCUCACCACAAUCCCGCCAACGUUUAGGACAGCAUUUAAGUAAAUCAGCCUCCGAAUUGAAUGGUCACAAAGAAUCACCACAGACAUCACCGAAACGGGCGAAAAGUGCAGCGGCGCCAAACACCUCAUCGGGUGGUGGUGGAGGGGUGCUACAAAAGACCCAUGGAUUUUUUAAUAAUCUGAAACAUCGUUGGGGUCGUGCCAAAAGUAAAGAUCGGGUGGGGCGUAAAUCGCCAAAUGAUUUCCUGGAAGAGAGUACCGACUAUGCUGCCGAUUAUAGUUCAGAAAGUAGUUCUGUGACCCAAUCACCAAGGCAUAGGGCCAAAACAAUUGGUGGUUCACCAUUGGCUAAGGAAUUUAAGGCCACAGCGAGAAUGGCACAGGCCAUACAGAGAUUUGGUGGUUCGAUGGAGGGGCGUAUCGAUGAGCAUCCGGAAAAUGGUGGCAGUAAUUAUGGCGGCAAUGAUUCUCAGCUGACGGCAAGACAAAUGGAACAUUUGCAGGCCGAUGAAAAACGCCGCAAAAAGGAAGCCCAAUUACGUCAAUAUGUCUUCUUUCAACUACGUGUUCAUCUCAAAAAUGGCAGUGAUUUAGUGGCCAUGGACAAAAAUGGUUUAAGUGAUCCUUAUGUCAAAUUUAAAAUGGCCGGCCGCCUUUUACACAAAUCACGCACAAUACAUCGAGAUUUGAAUCCUGUUUGGGAUGAAGUAUUUGUGGUGCCAAUUGAAGAUCCUUUCGAACCCAUUAUUGUUAAGGUUUUCGACUACGAUUGGGGUCUGCAGGACGAUUUCAUGGGUUCGGCAAAAAUUGAUUUGACACAACUGGAAUUGGGUAUUGCGGAAGAUGUAAAUUUGGCACUGCACGACGUUAAUCAUCCCGACAGGCCAAUGGGUGAAAUUCUUGUCAAUUUAACACUAUGGCCGCGUAGUCAAGAGGACAAAGAACAGCAUUUCCAAAGAAAUUCAAAAUUGGCUGAAUCAUCAAAACGUUUAAAGUCUCAAAUCUGGAGUUCAGUAGUCACGAUAUUGCUGGUUAAAGCCAAAGGUUUACCGCUGGCAGAGGAUGGCAAUAAAUUAAGUGAUGCCCAUAUUAAAUUUAGAUUAGGAAAUGAAAAAUACAAAAGCAAAUCAUCAUGGACUGAACGUUGGCUGGAACAAUUCGAUUUGCAUCUCUUCGAAGAGGAUCAACAGCUGGAAAUCUCGCUGUGGAAUCGUAACACUCUCUACGGUAAAGCUUCCAUAGAUUUAAGUGUAUUCGAGAGAGAAAAUACCCAUGGCAUAUGGAAACAAUUUGAAGACUGUCCCGGUGAAGUCUUCCUUAUGUUGACGAUAAGCGGUACCACAGCCCUCGAAACUAUUAGUGAUCUUAAGGCAUUCAAAGAGGAUCCGCAUGAACUGAAAGCAAUGACGGAUCGUUAUCGUUGGCAUCGUUGCUUUCAAAAUUUACGGGAUGUAGGGCAUUUGACGGUGAAGGUUUUCGGGGCUCAAGGUUUGGCUGCAGCGGAUAUUGGCGGUAAAUCUGAUCCAUUUUGUGUGCUGGAAUUGGGUAAUGCUCGCCUGCAGACACAAACGGAAUAUAAGACUCUAACACCGACAUGGAAUAAGAUUUUUACAUUCAAUGUCAAAGAUAUCACCCAGGUCCUGGAGAUCACCGUCUACGAUGAGGAUCGUGAUCAUCGUGUGGAAUUCCUGGGAAAAUUGGUAAUACCAUUGUUGCGUAUUAAAAAUGGUGUGAAGCGAUGGUAUACUUUGAAGGAUAAAAAUCUGUGUUCGCGGGCCAAAGGUUUAUCACCACAGAUUCUAUUAGAAAUGAAUGUGGUCUGGAAUGAAGUGAGAGCGGUAUGCCGUGUCCUGCAACCCAAGGAGGAGAAAUUAAUCCAACAGGAGGCCAAGUUUAAAAGACAAUUAUUUUUACGUAAUGUUAAUAGACUGAAAGUGAUAAUUAUGAAUAUUCUGGAUGCAGCACGUUAUAUACAGAGUUGCUUCGAAUGGGAAAGUCCCCUUCGAUCCGUCAUAGCAUUUACCUUAUGGAUACUAGCUUGCAUAUAUGGAAAUCUGGAAACUGUUCCGCUGGUUAUUCUAAUCAUAAUACUCAAAAACUGGCUUAUACGAUUAAUUACCGGACAAUCGGAUUCUACAAGUGGUAGUUAUGAUUAUGACUAUGAUGAGGAUGAUGAUGACGAUAAGGAAAAAGAAGAAAAGAAAUCGAUAAAAGAACGAUUGCAGGCAAUACAAGAAGUCUCACAGACGGUACAGAAUACCAUCGGGUAUUUGGCAUCACUAGGAGAGAGUACCAAGAAUACCUUUAAUUUUUCCGUCCCCGAACUAACCUGGCUGGCAGUGGUCCUACUAAUUGGUGCCAUAAUUGUUCUGCACUUUGUACCUAUACGUUUGCUGUUGCUUUUCUGGGGCAUAAUGAAAUUUAGUCGAAGGAUAUUGAGACCCAAUACCAUACCCAAUAAUGAGCUGUUAGAUUUCCUUUCAAGAGUACCCGAUGAUGAAGAACUUAACCAAUAUCGCGAACUACCGCCAACAUCUGUCAGCGAUGCCCAACGUGGCAAUCCCAAGAAAAAAAUCAAAGCAUCCUAGUCUCGGGCUAGCAUUGAGGACGCUGAUAA